AUGAGACCUAAAGAAUCAGAUUUUUACAAGAGGAUUCGAUUGUUGGGACAAGGAUCGUUUGGAAAGGCUUACUAAUGUGAGUCUUUGAAAGAUCACUCUCUUUGUGUAAUUAAGCAAAUAGAUAUGAGAUAUUUGAGCGAGGAGGAAAAAAAAGUAAAGAGAAUUUAAAAACAUUUAGGAAACCUAUUCAGAGUUUAGAAUCAUGGCUUAACUGAAGCAUCCCAACAUCAUCAACUUUAGAGAAGUUUACAAAACUGUCAAAGGGAAAUUAUGUAUUGUAAUGGAUUAUGCUGAGGGUAUAAAUAAUAAUUAAUUGAUUCAUAAUAGGAGGUGAUCUGGCUCAGCUCAUAAAAAAUCAUGAUGGCUUUUUCCCAGAAUCCAGGAUUUUGGAUUGGUUUACUUAAAUGUGUUUAGCAAUCAAGCAUUGUCAUGAUCGUAAAAUCAUUCACAGAGACAUUAAAACACAAAACAUGUUCCUUACUAAGGAUAUGAGAAUUAGAUUGGGAGAUUUUGGUAUUGCAAGAUUGCUAGACAACACUCGUGACAAAGCACAUACAAUGGUUGGUACUCCAUAUUAUUUGGCUCCGGAAUUGCUAGAAAACAAGCCUUAUAGUUUUAAAGGCGAUGUGUGGUCGUUGGGAGUGAUAUUAUACGAGGUAAAUAAGAGAAAUAUUAACGUAGAUGUGUGCAAAGACUCCUCCAUUCAAUGCAGAUUCGUUGGCAUCACUGGCAUUGAAAAUAGUCCGAGGACAGUACUAAGCCAUUUCAAAUAACUAUUCCUCGCAGCUAAGAACGUAAAUCUAAACUCAUAAUUAAACAAAGAUAGCCUUGUGAAUUAACUUCUGACAGUGAAUCCUGAAAAAAGACCAGAUGUGCAUCAGAUAUUAAAAAUGCCGAUAAUCACAAAUAGAAUUAAGAACUUUCUAUCUGAAACCAUGAAGAGAACCGAGUUUGAUCACACCAUUUUACACAAUCAAUAGAUUCAAUUAACUGAUACUACUAUUCCAUUAAUAGAUGAUUAAGAUCCAAAAGGAGAUCAGACCGAGUAGACUCCAAAGAGUAGAAACUAAAUAUAACAAUAAUUACCGGGCAUCAAGAGUCCUCCUAUUGGUCAAUAAAAGCAAAGAAAGAACAGCGAUCUUAGGAAAUUGCCAGAAAUUAAACUCCCUAAACCUGAGAGACCUCCAAUUUCAAGACAACAAACAAGUCGUUAAUAAUUGCAUUAGUUGCCUAGCCAACGUGUAUAACCAUCAACCCCAGAUUUAGGAAUCGGACAUAAAUAUAAGAAUUCUCGAUUUAUUACAAAAGAAAGUCCUGACUCUUUUCAAGGUUCUGAUCAAGUAUUAGAGGAGGUAACCAAAAACAGCGAACAAGGAAGUCCUAAGUUCUUUUAGAAUAUCCUUGAUAAGCCUCAUAUUAAAAAUAUUAAAGGAUUAUCUAAAUUAGAUUAGAUAUAAAAAAUUAAAUUAGGAUAAAAGUCUGAAGAUGAGGCUAAGAAACCUGUUUAUAGGGUUCAUGCCUAACCAAAACUAUUAGAAUAAUUCAUAAAGAAAUAGAGAGACAGGAAGAUCUCUGAAGAAAUAACAACAACUCAGUAGAGAUAGGAACAGUGUUAAUAAUAACAAUUAGAAAAAAUAUCAGAAACUCCAGAAUAAAAAUUACUAGAUAAAACUACUAUCAGUGACUUUUAAACCUCAGAAGAACAAUAAUAGAUUUAAAAUAAUAAGCAAACUGUAGAAACUGCAGCAUUUGACUUUCAACCUCAAUUUCAGUUUUAAGUGUUUGAUGUCACUUAGAAAAAACCCACUAAACCUAAUAAACCAUAAAGUUCAAAAACAGAUGAAGAGAAAAAUAAAAAAAAAAUUUAUAAAAUCAUAUACAAAGAUCCAUUUUAAAAAAAAGCUUAAAUUGUUUAAAAAAGAAAUAGCGAGGAGGACAUGAAAGAGAUGAUCAAUGAAUUAAAAAAUGUGCUUGUAACAAUUAAUAUUUUCUAUUUCUUAGUCAGAACAACCCAAAAAAGUUGAGGAACUUCCAUUAUAAGGAUAAAAUGAUUCCGAAGGCUCUAGAAUAUAUUCAGAGGAUUCAAGUGAGGAUUUUAGAGAAAAUGCUGAUACCUUACCUCCUAAGACCCAAAUCAAUACAUGGAUGCAAAGCAACUCAGAUUAAAUACAAAAUGUAAAUACUUCAAAAUCUUAACCAGAACCUAGAGGAGCAUACAAAAGUGGUUCAAAAAGUUUGAAGGAUAAACUAAUAUCAAAGUUAGGAUAGCAUUUUGAAUAAUUAUAUAAAUUAGCAAAACUGUGUUCCCAUUAAGAAGACUUGGGGAAGCAGCAUAUAAAAAUGGCUAUAUUAGAUAAUCUAGAUUUGGAUGAAAAUAAAGCUGAAACAUGUGCUACAUUGUUAGUGACAUUAGCAACUAUUGGUUACUGA